GUUUGGAAUGCACUUCUCUUCCUCUAAAUACAAGUUGUUGCUUCAGGACUGGUCUGCGUCAACACCUGAACUAAGGAUAGGGAGUGAAGUAGUCGGACGCGUUGACAACCUUACUUAUCUUGGAAGUCUGAUCAGCCCUAAUGAGUUGCCAUCGGACGAAAUCUCAGCACGGAUUCGAAAAGCUCGUUUGGCUUUUGCCAACUUACGUCACCUAUGGUGAUGGCGAGAUAUCCGUCUAUCAAUAAAAGGACGAGUAUACUGCGCGACAGUUCGUUCUGUCCUACUUUACGGCUGAGAAACAUGGCCAUCAAUAGUAGAAGACACUCGUAAGCUACUAAUGUUUGACCACAGAUGCCUUAGAAAUAUUUCUGGCAUCUGCUGGGAUCACCGCGUAAGUAAUAGUGAGGUUAGACGUAGGGUAUUAGGGAAUGGUGGUAAAUCAGUUGAUCAGGUCGUUAAUCUUCAUCAACUGAGAUGGUUGAGCCACGUGUUACGUAUGCCUGAACACCGAUUACCAUGACGUGUAAUGCUAACCGAUGUUGGAGACGGUUGGAAGAAAGUUAGGGGUGGUCAAACCAAAACGUGGCAUCAGUGCUUGAAGACACUAACUUCUAAUCUGAGCCUUGUUGGUAGAUGCAGACUACUUGGUUGGGGUCCGCGUGACUAUCGUAACCAAUGGUUGGAGACUCUUGGUGACAUGGCUCAGAAUCGACCACAAUGGUGUCGGUGUAUACGUUCUCUGUCUUCCCUCAAACUGUGGGAUUAAAAUCGCUUCAUAUCUUUCUUUCUACGAACUAAUUCUUUCUUCCUGUACUACAUCGUUAUAUGCAAUAUUUCUUUUAUAUAUUACCACCAUUGACUUAACCACUCACUUGUAUGAAUCCGGUGUUCAUCUUGCUGUGCUAAUGCAACUUAGACCGAUGCAUAUAUGUGCCUGGUUCUACGUUGUAGCUGACUGACUGCUCAGCAACCUUCAUCAAUGAACAAUGCCACUGAGUCGUCUGAUCAAAUCGAUGGAUUCUUUUUUUAUGGACCAAUGCAUGUAUCUUGCUGCUGUACAAAACUCUUCAGUCCAUUUUUGGUCCAUACGGUAUGAUAAGAAUAUAUUUGGAUCGUCAAAUUCAGACUACCGUAACUUGGAGAUCCCUGAUUCUCCUUCCUUGACUUACAAGCCUCAAAUGACAGUAUCGUGUUCGCUACGGUCGAUUCAGUGGGAACCUCGGUCUUGUAAGCUAGCUGUUAUUGACAAUUCUGGUUCUACUAUUUUCUUUCGACGUCUGUAUACUGGCAAAAAUCAUGUAUAUGAUCAAAACGCAUCAGAUAUAACUACUUUCAGUUUGCUAUCACAUAGUUUCACAGCAACUUGCAUAGCUUUUCCGCAAAGAUCAGGAAGAUAUCUAGCUGUUGGGACUAGUGCUGGCCCAAUAAAUUUAUACAAAUGUCAAAAACAAAUUUCUUUUUAUUCGCAGUUACGCUUCAGUAAUAAUUGUGAAAGUUUAUCUUCCAAUGAAGUGCAGCCUAGGUGUGUCAGCUGGGUUUUAAAGGACCGUGUUGUUGUUGCUGGGUAUAGUAAUGGAUAUAUUGUCUUAUUUUUAGCUGCGUCUGGUACGUCUACAGGUGAAUGUGAGCAUUUCAUAUUACCAUUUCCUUCAUAUGCCAAUAACAACAGUCCUUCUACACCUGCAUGUAAUAUUUUUAGAACUUACACAGAAAGCAGUGAUUUAUUAUGUUGUGGUUAUUCUGAUGGAUCUAUUAUUUUCUGGCGUUUAGACUGGCCUAUUGUUAGGCAUACACAGGAGUUAAUUUUUUGUCGCUGGGAUCCUACGUCUUUUCUACCCACUUCGAUAAACACGAAUAACUGUGAAUACUGCAUGGAUAUAGCUUUGUCAACUGGUCGACGACUUUUUACUGCAGGAGCACCGGAUAUGAAUUUACGUAUGUGGGAUGCGUCUAUAUUGAAAUUAAUACCAAUCAAGACGUUGUCACCGAUUGAUGAACAACAUGGAUAUUUAAGUGUUGAUGUCACCUUGGACACAAGCAUUCUUGCAACUGGUUUAGCAAAUGGUAAUAUUUGGUUUUAUAAUAUACUUGAUUUUACUUCACCUAUCCGUUGUGUUUCCUCAGGAUCGGAUGUUCCAAUAAGCUUGCUUUCAUUCUCUUUUGCUUAUCGAACUAGUGACGAAGUUAAGUUUAGCUCCCCAAAAUCCAAUAAGCUUGAAAGUUUACAGGACGAGAACCUUGAUGCGAAAUUGUAUGGAAAUUCAACUUCAGUACAGAGUACCGUUACAGACACACUACUAAGUUUAUCAAAACAACCACUUCAUGAAAUAACUAAUGUUAUACCUAAAUGUCAACCUGAUACAUGGGUAUCAUUAUUUCGUGAAUUUUCCGUACCAGAUAUUUCAUUACAUUCAAAUUCCAGUAUGUUUCCAUCAUCUGAUCAAGGUUCUAUAAAAUCUAGUUGGUCAGAAGUGAAUAUCGAUAAUAUAGAGAAAAUGGUAUCAUUAAGACCAGAAUCUAAUAUAGAUGUUAAUGUUGUCAAUAUUAAUCAACAAUUAAAAUCAGAUUAUCAUCAUAAUAAAGAUGUUGUAAAUCUCAAUUCAGUUAAUAUAACAAAUGAAUGGUUAGAACAAUAUUUCAAUGUUAAACUACAAUCUAUGAUGUCUGAAUUGAAUUGGUCACAUAAUGAAUUAUUAUUUAAAUUUACUAAAUUAGAAUGUAAACUUGAUCAAAUGUGUAAAGAGUUUCAUAAUAUUAUUAAUCAAAUAAAACAUGAAAAUAAUUUACUUCGAUAUACACUAAAUCAAUAUACACAAUUUUAACAUUGUACUGUUCGUUCGUUUUGUUUAAAUUUUGUAAUUAUCUUGUAUAUUUAUUAAGAUAUUAUUUAUAUAUUAUAUAAUAAUGUUAAUAAGUGUAGAAUAUAUUCUUGAA